CUCAUCUUUAUUUUAUAGACGAUUUCAAAUACCGACGAUGCCCGUGUCAACCGCAGAAGAAAUUCAGCUAGAGUCUCUGACAACAGCCCUGAAUGAACUUUCGAAGCCUCUUCUCGCAUCUGAUACACUAAGACCGAGGCGUUAGCCACGAUGACUUGAGCGACAAAGGUGCGUGGCAAUGGGCCAUGGCUGUGCUCGAUAUUUUGUUAGCCAUCCACUGCACAUUACUAAAAUCGAAAACGGGGCACGCAGUCUCUGGCAACUCACCUGUUUCACUUGCCAAUGCCCGCGCCACCGUCGAGUCGUUUGAUGUAACGAAGCGCAGUGAUCCUAAUGCUGUACAGUUCGGUGCGAAUUCGGCAAAUGACAACGGGAACGGAGAUAACCGGGAAAGUGCACUUAAACAGUCCAGUGUGAUGCCGAAAUCAUUUAUUGAAGAGAUCACGAGCGACACUACAAGUAUGUCUCAGCCAGGGGCGUCGAUACCGCGCACCAAGCUGCUUAUAGAAGAGAUAUCAAGCGAUAAGACGCCCGUUAAACGGCCUGAUGCCGCUCCACCAUCACAUGCUACAGAUAAUAAGGACGCGGGCGCACUCAGCUUGAGUCAAAGUAUGUCAGUGCGUAAGGCCAUACGAGUGCUUGUAUACGCCGUAUUGGUGCCUCUUUUGGACUCCGAGUUGGCUACGAGCCUUCAGCAUUACCUGCCACAAACUGUCGCGGAGGUUGCCUUGCAUAAAAAACGUACGAGUAAAAAGGAGCAGCAAAAGGCCAGUGCCAGAGCCAGGCCUUUGACCAGUCCGGUAUAUAAUUUUUUGUAUCUACUGGCCGCUAAACACGAAAGUGGCAACUGGAUUGCGCGAACUGGCCGUGAAGAAAAACUAGCUGUGGUUGUAAAGAGAAUAGCGGUGUGGCUGGGUGCAAAGCAAGGAGACACAACUGAGGUGACAUAUUUAACUGCUAUGCAUUUUGCAUAUCCUGUGCUGUUGUCAGCCCUUCAACUCGCAUAUGGUGGUGCUGAUCCUACCAGCACUAGUUCGAAAGACGAUUGUAUUGGACUAGACACCACUACUGCAGAUCGAUCAGACGAUUUAAAUCCACGGAUUAAAAUUGGACAAAAACGCAAACAGGAUUUUGCCCACCUGCUCGUAGUACUGCGCCACAGAAUGCCUCUCAAUGUGGUUAUGGAGGCGUUUGCACAACUUUUGGCUCUGCGCGACUUACCAUCCAGCCUGCAACCUGUGUGUUCUCGCAUACUCACGAAAUGUCUUAUGAUGCAAAAUGGCGUGCUAUGCUUGUUGACCCACCUACUAAGCUCCUGUGAGACUGUCAGCGAUGUUACUGCGGCGGCCACUCAGACAAUGCGACUAGUUAUCAAUUGUCCACGUUGGAUGGCCAAAUCGAAGGAUGCCUAUUAUGCAAAUAUUUGCACCCAAUUAUAUCAUCUGCUACACCUGCGAUCAAGCGAUAGCUCUGUACUCAAUUCUGUUAGUAACAUAAGUCGGCGUCUCCCCCACGCUGUGAUGAUACUCAUCCAUGGGAUGAUACUGAAACACCCAAUACUGGCGAGGAAACACCUUAUUAGCAGAAUGUGUGCCGCAUUUGAUGUCCGCUUUGUUGAGGCUGGCUCGGAGCCGUACAGGCCUACACUCUCGGGCACACAGAGCACGCCUUCCUGGGUGUCAGAGCUUAGGAUACCUGUCUCUGAUAUUUGGCAGUGUAUCAAUCAAGAUGCGCAUACCGAGGAAGUGGGCAGCAGCGUAAAUACAGCCUUUAUCACCACGUGGGACCCAAUAGUCAUAGAGCAAGCGAUACAAUUUGCAGUUGAGGAUAUGCACAAAGUGUUUGUCGCUGGACUAUCAGCUAGUGGAGACUUGAACGGUAGGGAGAAAAGUGACAUGUUAGGGGCGGUGCGGUCGUACAUCCCUAUUCUGUUGGCACUUUUCUCCUUCACUGCGGAAUAUCCCGGAGUGUCACUGAGCACAGCAGUUAAUGAGUUGGUGGGUAAAAUUCUGAGUGCUAUUGAUGAAGACGAUGCUGUAGAAGCCUUGUUCACGUUUCUCGAUCCUGGUGCACGCCCUGACACAGCAGAUGUUGAGAGCAAGCAGGACGUACAUACCACAUUCGAGCUUAUGAGUGGGUCUCGUAAUGGAGUUUCGUAUCGAUGGAUGCCGCAGACCGAGAGGAACUUCGCACACGAUUGUCAGUGCGUGAUCAAUCUAUUGGGCACACUCAAACGCACUGCACUCGCUGGGGAGUUCUUCGUGCGUCUGGUGGAAGCACUGGGCCAAGUGGCUGACGAAACAGACGAAGCCGGACGUGACAUAGCAGCUGCAAGCACAGGCAAUUUUCUACAUGGCGGAGGUGGACUAUCUGAUGCCGAAAUAGACCGGAAGAGAAGCUAUUUAUUGUUGUCGCAGUGUCUUGGGCAACUUGUACAAAGCCUGGAUGUGUCAGUGAUCAAACGAACCCGUCACGUGAUAGUAUUUGCGAAGCUGUUGGCCACUAGCGCAGAUGAUGAAACUACUUGCAUGGCGCUAGGACUGCUGACAACAAUACUUACUGGAAAUGCCGUCACGGUCAGUAAGGAUGAUGAGGCCGACAUUGCAGAGUUGCGUGGUUGGUUGGAACCGUUUGCCAAUCACCCGAAUGAGGAAAUUGCAGAGAUUGCAUUAGAUCUCAUCACAAAUAUACAGACGAGAAAUCCUCUCUGGCAAGAGUUGCAGGAGCAGACCACCAACAUCCAGACCGUCGAUCACCACAACAGUACAAAACCUGAAGUUUCAAUCGACGCUAGUGGGAGUGGGAGUUCGUCGCAAAAGGCGCAGAUUACGGAUAUCGGCAACGAGACAAAGUCAUUGGACAACGACAUGGGUCUUUUACCUCCGAGCAAAAAUGCAAACUCUGGUACCAAUGAUGACGCGCAGCCCAGUGCUGCAUUGGUGACAGAGUACGAAUCAUUUUCCACUGCAAUGCUUCAACUCAAAGAUCCCAUGCUGCCAGUUAGGGCACAUGCUCUAGUGCUCUUGCGCAGAUUGCUGGAGAGAAGGGACGAGUCAGUAAGAGGAAAGGAACAGGUUAUCCUAGACAUCCUUGUAACGCAAAUUCGCCAACUGGACAGCUAUAUAUACUUGGCGGCGAUACAAGGUUUAGUUGUAUUAUGUCUCGAAGACCCCCUGCAUAUGAUUCCAGCUCUGUGCGAGAAAUUUCUCGAUUCGGAUAAGAAACUGGGCGAGAGUGUACAGGCUAAGUUGGGUGAAGUGCUGUACGGAAUUGUUGAGGCUGGCCAUGCGCAGAUCACAACGCCUUCGGAUAAUGGUGAUCUAUCAGAAGAUGCGCAGCAGAAGAACGCCACCUCAUUUGUUGAUCCCAACGCGAUUCGGCCUCAACUAUCUAAGGCUCACAUAAAUGUUAUCGUUGAUGCGAUGUUGAAGGUAGCGAACACUUUUCAACCGUCAAAUGCGACGACAGAUCCUGAAAUGAACAACUCAGACCGACAGGAAGCAAAAAACAACCUUGGUAGGGGUGAAGGGCAAUCGGAUGCAGAUUUAAUACAGGAGGGCAUGGUCAUAUCCAGUUCCUUGGCUAUACUUGCUCGUGUCUGUGAGUUGCGAUGUGACGUCGUCGCCCCUCGCGUCACGGAAUUCAUCGGAUGCGUGACCAAGGUAAUGUCGACCUACUCAGAUACCAGCCGGCUCGAGAGAAUAGGCCAGGACGGUACUGCCGAUGUGCAAAUGGUGACCGUACUGUCCUCGACACAGAAUGAUGACGAUGACGAGUUUAACACGGAUGCCACAGACGACGUUCUGAAUGAGACUGACCUGCCAGCAGACGUCCGAUUCCCUGGUAUGAAAGUACAUGAUACCGAUGACGCUGAUGAGGAUCUGAAUGCUGCCGAUUCAGAGCACAAUGAAGAGGGGGUUAGCCAGAAGAUGGUGGUUGACCCAUGUCUACUUGUCAGGAGAGGAGCGAUGAAUCUAGCGACCAUGAUUUUCCGUGGAUUUGAUCCAUAUUUCUUCGCCUUGAUGGCACCUUCGUUGCCGCCGCUCAUCACCUUGCUCGGUAAGGUCGGGACUGAUGAUGCUGACAUCAUCACACGAACCCACGCACAAGUGGCGUUGGAUGAUGCAAACGAGCUCUUCAAGUCGUGGGCUGCAUUAGCAGGGUUCACUCCGUCCCAGCCCAGCGACACCAACCGGUCCGUACCUCACCCUAAAAUUCUUCAGUGAUAUGUCGAAGUGGAGAAAGGACCAAAUUACUGUUUGCAUGCUAAGCACUUCGUGCGCAGAAUGUGUCAUCUCGAAUGCGGCGUCAGGUAAGGUCACCGCCGCUGUUUCUUUGUCAUAAUCAUCAGGGAUCGCGCCAAUUCGGCAACCUCGCAACUCGCAUAGGGUGUAGAAGACAACGGGGUUCGCAGAUAGCUGUAGAAUAAAGCUCACAGGCACCGUACUCUAGUAUCGACAUGCGCAACUAGUCUCGGCAAAUUAUAAUAUUUCUUAUACGGUUGUCAGACCUUGAGGCCGCAUUUGUCUUCGAGCAACCUUUGAAGCAGUCUGUCAGAUUGCCUUGCAGAUUUUUGGAGCCGUGGAAGACAGUUCGGACGACUAAGAUACACGUCAUCUGCAUUCAAAUACUCGGGAUGAAAUUCCAGAUGUGGACCCAUCAGAAGAACUUUGCCACUGUCCCCGUUGGUGGUUGGCUCAUCCGUGCGAGCGAAUAUGAUUGCCGCCGAGCCCUUGUAGGCUGGCUGUAUUUGUUCAGAGUCUGCAUGGAAAUGUCAUGACAGAAACGGAUUAGCUUGCGUCUAUGCUUAACGCUGCAAUAUCAUGAAACCUGGAGCGACCAGAUGGUGUCAUGAUUUGACUCCCAAUACAAGCAUCUAGUCAGGCAGAAAGUGCAGUUUCUUUUCGACAUCGUUAUAGACAACGGAACGUGCGCAUUACAAAUAAUGUCUAAACUAUCGUUCUCAUUUGACCAAAUGCCUCUCGUGUUUGCUCGUAUGUGGGCAGUCCAAACGCACAAUUCGCGAGUGGCAGUGAGGCUAUAUCAACAAAACUAUAUCCACGUAGUUAUUGUACUUCCUGACAGUGCCAAGAAGCAUAAAAUCUUACCGUAACGUGCCAGGACCUCGUAGCUUUUAGGGAUACUGCGAUUGAGAUUGGUUCGGUCUGUAUCCUCAUCACCUGCGUCGGAGGGCGAUGCAACCAGAAAGGCACCUCCCCCGUUCACGUACACAAACGCACUGGAAUAGUUACAAAUGAUAGGAGACGCCAGUGUGAAUAAAAAUCGAUCUUACCUAAUCUACGGGUCGAU